AUGACAAAGAGUAACUGUUCUAUAUGUGAUGAAAUUGCCAGGGUGGUGCGAUCUCCCACCGUCCAGCUCACCCGAGUAUCGCUCGGAAGCGGCAAGACGGUCCUGGAUCCUUUGACGGACUGUACCAUCCACCAGAAGCUGAUCACUUCAGCCCUAAGCCUGGACUCUCUUCCCGACUCGGUUAGCCGGCUCGAGCUUAUAGAAGACAUCCGGGACAUCAGAAUUCUUAAAAUCCCUCACAAUGGAGCCGCUGUUCUCGUGACAGAUCUAUGGUCCCCGGACAGACAGCCAAUACGAGCAGCAUUCUAUCUCUCCAAAGCCCCAGAUGACCCGGAGGACCUUGUAGGCGGUCGCAUUAUCGAUCCAGAGUGGAUUGACAGCGGUCUCCCUUCUUUGUGGAAGGAGUCUUGUGCCCGUCUACACGGAGAGCCAUGUAGCAGCUUUUCGAUACCCUCGCUGUCUUCCAUGAAGCCAGCGCUAGUGGUAGAUGUUUACGAGCAGUGCAUUGUUGAGAACUCCGGCGAUUACUCCUAUGUGGCACUCAGCUAUGUUUGGGGUGGUCAGCAGGGCCUACUGGCCACGAAGGCCAAUAUCGCUAUCCUCCAUCGACCGAACUCUCUGGCUGAACCCACUUCGGGGGAUUCGCUACCCAAAACUAUACGCGACGCGCUGGGUAUCGUGAAACUCUUGGGCGAGAGAUACCUCUGGGUCGACACCCUUUGCAUCGUACAGGAUGGAGAAUCGCAGAAGCAAGAAGAGUUGUCCAAGAUGGGCGGCAUCUACGCCAACUCCUCAGUCACCAUCUUGGCAAUCCAGGGCGAUCAUGCUGAUAGUGGCUUACGAGGAUUUAACGGCGUAUCGGAGCCCAGAAGUCUACUACAGGUCGUACACUAUCUGGCAGAUGGGACCAAGAUUCUCCAGGUCCCCGCCGACGGUCGGUUUCACGACGUAGAGUGUCUCGACCCCGUAUGGUCGACCAGGGCAUGGACAUAUCAGGAGAACAUAUUCUCGAGGAGGAAGCUCAUAUUUGACGGCGACUCACUCCGGUGGGAGUGCAUGGAGGACGUGUGGCGUGAGCAUAUCGACGGGACUAUUCAGCUGCACAAUGUUUUUGGCGGUGUCGUCGCCUGCCGUUCCAUGCUCCGGGCGUCGAUGCUGGAGUUUUCAGAAUUUCAAGUGGUUUUGAAAGAGUAUAACAGUCGAGAAUUCAGCUAUCCGGAAGACGCUGCCGGCGCUUUCAUCGGAAUAUCUCAUGGUAUCUCUGCCGCGGUUGGUGGCGAGUUGAUAACGGGCCUCCCUUCCGCGUGCUUUGAUGUAUGCCUGCUGUGGAGUCCACAGACGAGAGUAUUCCGCAGAUUUCCCAGAGAUCCCGACAAGGCUCGCUCUCUGCCUAGCUGGAGCUGGGUAGGCUGGUCCGGGGCUGUUUCGAUCAACACGGGCUCGGCCUCGCACUUUCUCAAGAAGGGCCCCUCGAAAAUCUAUCGAGUCGCAAACUCGGUCAUCCUGACCCCGCUUGUGACUUGGAAGUACCAUGAAAGACCAGACAUGCCCGGAAUCCCGAUUGAGCCUGGUAUACUGAGACAUCGGGAGUCGUGGCUUAAUAACGAGUUAAAUCUUGGCUCUGAAUGGACCGUGCAUGAGAUUUCGGAGAGUCCCGAGCUGGAGUGUGAUCUCGAGAAUCUUAACUACACACCCGUCUCCUUUUUUAAGAACGCCAAGCACCCCGAGUAUGAGUUUCGGUAUCCCAUUCCCAUCCCGGAGCCCGGGUCUAAGUCGUCGGUUAUCAAUCCACCGUUCAUAUCGUGCAGCACACGCCGGGUUUACUUGUUCCCUGGGGAGAGAAUUCAUAAAUUCUAUGGAAAGGCUCCGAUAUUCUCAUUGCGGGACGAGAGCGGGCGGUGGGCCGGUGCCCUGGAGCCUUUGGUGAGGAUGAGUGCGUCCGUUGAUCGGAUGGAGAUGAUGGAGGACGAAGCGCUCGAGGUCGUUGAAGUAGCCAGAGGGUGCUGUCCGAACACAACCGCGACCAAGACUGGAGUAGAGGAGCUUGGUCACCCUGAGAGUCCUGGUGCAGCCGAUGACGGCUGGUAUCACUUCUACUGGGUCAUGUGGAUAGAGUGGGAGCGAGGGAUAGCCUAUCGCAGGGGAAUUGGUCGCGUGUGCUCGAAGAUAUGGGAGAUGCAAAGUAGGGAGGAUGUUGACUUGAUGCUGGGAUAG